AUGGCCAUCCUGGAGUCUUGUUGCUUCUGGAAGGACGUGCGGAGUGGCAGCUUCGCCUGUGCCAUCUAUACGUUGGUUUACUUUGGCUUCUCGACGCUUAUGUUUUUGUUCUACCUGGUCGAGGAGCAGGAAUUCCUGCUGGGGCAACGGGCCCAGCCCAUGGGCGAGAGCCUGCUGGAGAAGGGUGAUGUGACUGUAGCGACUGUGAUAUUCAACGUUUUGUUUCUCUUUUGCUCGAUGCUGAUGGUGUUAUCGUCGGUUUUGUUGAUUCUGGGCCUCCAGCAGAACAGGCGACAGCUGCUGAUACCCUGGAUACUGUUCAUGCUGGGCGACCUGCUUAUCGAGUGCUUCCACCUGGUGCACUUGACCCUCUCCCGCCGUGUUAUAUUCGAUCCGAUUGUGGGUUUCAUCUUCACCAUGGACUUUUUCAUCCUGUGCCUCAACCUCUACUGUCUGCUGUGCGUCAUCUCGCAGUAUCAGGCAUUCCGCCUGCAGCGCGCGGAGCUCCAGCUGGCGGCCACAGCGGCGUCGCCUAUUGUGGUCUUCACAGCAGCCGAGAAACUAACCAAAUCGCAGCAGCAGCAACAGAGGCAACAGCAGCAGCAGCAGCAGCAGCACAGUCUGCUGCAACAGCUGGAAACCGGAUGCGGAAAUGGAAAUGGAAGCAGCAAGCGUCGACGAAUGCUGGCCAGCCCGCUGAUAACCUCGCAGCGGCUCACCAACUUCUCCACCAUCACCGAGGAGGAGGAGCAGCAGUCCCGGACAGGCCACACAGCAGAGCUGCCGCAGCCGAACGGAGAGCAUCUGGUCCGAAUACCCAUUAUAUCUCUGGCCUCCAGUCCGGCCCAUGGCGGUGAUGCCAAUGUAGUUCGUCACUAAGCCAACCUUUCGUGUUACGUGUUUUUGUGGCCAAAUCCCCAAAAG